AUGGGGAACCAGGACGCGAAGCCGAAGAGAAGCGCGGGCGAUGUCCCGCAUGGAGGCGGCGGCGGUGAGGACGCCGCUGGGCCCCGCGAGGCCGAGGGCACAAAGAAGGCGGGCGGGGGCAAGAAGGCGCCGGGCCGGCACGGAAAGGGGGGCGGCGGCGCGGAGCCGGGCCGGAAGAAGAGCCGGUCGGACCCCAGGGCCUCGGUGUUCUCCAACCUGCGCAUCCGGAAGACCCUGUCCAAGGGCAGAGGUACUGGCGGCUCUCGUGAGGAUGUGCUGGACCCCCAGGCCCUGCAGGCCGGCGAGCUGGACAGCGCCCACUCUCUGGUUACCAAAACUCCAGACCUAAGCCUCUCAGCCGAUGAGACGGGCCUGUCGGAUACCGAAUGUGCGGAUCCUUUCGAGGUGACGCGUCCCGGGGGCCCCAGCUUGGCCAGGGUCGGCGGCCCGGCAGUGGCCGAGUAUUCGGAGACCGCGGCGGGGGCGCAGGAUGGACAAAGGACCAGCUCGGGCUCGGACACAGACCUCUACAGUUUUCACUCGGCCGCGGAGCAGGAGGACUUGCUCUCGGACAUCCAGCAGGCGAUCCGCCUCCAGCAACUGCAACAGCAGUCCCCGGGCCCCGAGUCGCCCCCGGUGUCGCCCCCCUCCACCGCCUCUCUGCCUGAGGCCCUGCCGGGCCUGGACCGACCCCCGCCGGGCCCCAGCGCCGAAGCGGCGCUGUACGCGCCCUCCGACAGGCCCCCGGCCGCAGAGCCGCCCGCAGCCACCGCCUUCGAGUCUCCUGGGUCGGUUCCGGUGGACCGAGGGGCAGCGGACACGGACGAGGAAGGCGAGGAGGACGCCUUCGAGGACGCGCCCCGAGACUCUCCGGAGGUGGAGUGCGGUCUGGCGGCGGGAGAGGCCCCGCGCACACCAGGGGCGACCCGCGAGGAGGGCGCGCCGAAGCCCGUCAUCCCGGUGGCCGCCUCCCCGCCACGCAGUCCAGCUUGCAGCCCGCGUCGCCCCCGGGCCCGCCCUCUCCUGGCGCCCUGUUAUGUCAGGACCACCACUCGGCAGCUCAGCUCGCCAGGGCCCUCCCCGUCUCCGUCCCCCAGCCACAGCCCCCGGGUCCAAAGACGGCCGGAGUCCUCCCUGGGCCGCGGUUCCGGAGCCCCCGCGGCCCCCGCCGCUGCCCCGGCUAGGAAGCCCCGCGCGGGCCGCAGCCGCUCGGCCGACUGGACUGCGGAGCUGGGCCGUGCUCCCGGGGCGGGGGUCUCGGCGCACCUGGUGCAGCGCGGGGCAGGCGGCCUCCAGGGUGUGUUCGCAGGGAGAACUCUGCUGGAGAAGCUGUUCAGCCAGCAGGAGAACGGGCCUCCAGAAGAAGCAGAGAAGUUCUGCUCGCGGAUCAUCGCCAUGGGGCUCCUCCUUCCUUUCAGCGACUGCUUCCGGGAACCGUGCGGGCAGAGCGCCCAGUCCAGCUCAGUUCCGUUUGAUCAAGAUCAACUUUACACCUGGGCUGCAGUUAGUCAACCCACACACUCACUGGAUUAUAUCGAAGGGCAGUUUCCCAGGAGAGUCCCAGCUGCUUGGCCACCGUCUAAACCUCCUGAUGAAGAACACAAGCCUAAGGAUGCUGACACAGACUCUCAAUCUGCUGUUUUAGAAACUCCGAAAAAAUGUUCAGAUGCUGCUCAGCAGGAAGUGUGCGACAUGAAGUCUGAGGGUCAGGCCACUGUCAUCCAACGGCUGGAGCAGACCAUUGAGGAUCUGAAGACCAAGAUAGCUGAACUGGAGAAGCAAUACCCCGCCCUAGACACGGGUCUGGAAGCCCUCAGGUUGGGCGAAAAGGAUGUUGGAUAUGAAAGGAUAGUACAGGCCAAGUCCAUCCAGACGUCCCCGAUGGAAGAGGGUGGUGUGCUGGCACUUCCUCCUGGGGGGGCCGCACCAGUGGGCCCCCCACCCUUGACCGCACAUGGAGAAUCAGCGGGGCUGCCCUUGUCAUCAGGACCUCAGACCAAGUUCUGCUCAGAAAUCUCUUUGGUCGUGUCUCCAAGGCGAAUAUCAGUUCAGCUUGAUGCACAGCCAUCCCUCCAGCCUCCACCGCCUGCAUCCCUCCCCUGGUCUGACAGUCAAGGACAGGCCAGGUCCCAGCCUUCCCAUCCUCCUCUUCACACUGGGUUAGAAACCAGCCACGAGCACUCUGCUUUCCCCUCCUCUGGAAACGGCUAUGACAUCCCCACUGCACCACCUCUGCCUCCAGAGACCUCCUCUCUGAUGCCUGGCCUGGGCACGGAGGCUUCCCUAGCACCCCUGACCCCCGGUGCACCUGGGCCUGCACUGCCCAGCCCAGCAGGCUUCUCACCUCCUCCUUCUCUAGGUCCAGAGAUGCUGCCACCCCCUCCUCCACCUUUGCCUGGAGUGGGAAUUCCUCCCGCCCCACCUCUUCCUGGGAUGGGAAUUCCUCCCGCUGCCCCUCUUCCUGGGGUGGGAAUUCCUCCCGCCCCUCCUCUUCCCACCAUGGGAAUUCCUCCCGCCCCACCUCUUCCUGGAAUGGGAAUUCCUCCUGCCCCCCCUCUUCCUGGGGUGGGAAUUCCUCCCGCCCCUCCUCUUCCCGGGUUGGGGAUCCCUCCUCCCCCUCCUCCCCCUCCUCCCCCUCCUCCCCCUCCUCUUCCCGGAGUGGGGAUCCCUGCCGCCCCACCUCUUUCUGGGGUGGGGAUCCCUACCGCCCCACCUCUUCCCAGGGUGGGGAUCCCUCCUCCCCCUCCUCUUCCCGGGGUGGGAAUUCCUCCCGCCCCCCCUCUUCCCGGGGUGGGAAUUCCUCCCGCCCCUCCUCUUCCCGGGGUGGGGAUCCCUCCCGCCCCUCCUCUUCCCGGGGUGGGAAUUCCUCCCGCCCCCCCUCUUCCCGGGGUGGGGAUCCCUCCUGCCCCCCCUCUUCCCGGGGUGGGGAUUCCUCACUCCCCGCCUCUUCCCGUGGUGGGGAUCCCUCCCGCCACCCCUCUUCCUGGGGUGGGAAUUCCUCCCGCCCCCCCUCUUCCCGGGGUGGGAAUUCCUCCCGCCCCACCUCUUCCCGGGGUGGGGAUCCCUCCUCCCCCUCCUCUUCCUGGAGUGGGAAUUCCUCCCGCCCCCCCUCUUCCCGGGGUGGGGAUCCCUCCUCCCCCUCCUCUUCCCGGGGUGGGGAUCCCUCCUCCCCCUCCUCUUCCAGGGGUGGGAAUACCCCCCACUCCCCCUCCUCCCCCACCUCUUCCCAGUGAAGGAAUACCUCCUGCCCCACCUCCUCCUCCUCCAGGUAUGGGGAUUCCACCUCCUCUGACCCCUCCGCCCCCACCCCCUCCUGGGUCAGGCCUUCCUCUCCCACGACAAGUUGGGAGUAGCACUUUACCGACACCUCAGGUGUGUGGCUUUCUUCCUCCUCCGUUGCCUCUUGGCUUGUUUGGAUUUGGGAUGAACCAGGAAAAAGGGAGUAGGAAGCAGCCAGUAGAGCCUUGUCGGCCGAUGAAGCCUCUAUAUUGGACAAGAAUUCAGCUGCACAGUAGAAGAGACUCCAGUGCUUCACUUAUUUGGGAAAAAAUUGAAGAGCCAUCCAUAGAUUGUCAUGAAUUUGAGGAAUUGUUUUCUAAGUCUACUGUCAAGGAAAGGAAGAAACCCAUUUCUGACACCAUCACAAAGACCAAGGCUAAGCAAGUUGUGAAGUUACUAAGCAACAAAAGGUCUCAAGCAGUUGGAAUAUUGAUGUCUAGCCUUCACUUAGAUAUGAAAGAUAUACAACAUGCUGUGGUGAACUUGGACAAUUCUGUGGUUGACCUGGAGACCCUUCAAGCUCUCUAUGAGAAUAGAGCACAGUCAGAUGAACUGGAAAAAAUUGAAAAGCAUGGUCGGUCCUCCAAAGACAAGGAGAAUGCCAAGUCUCUGGACAAACCUGAGCAGUUCCUUUAUGAACUGUCACUAAUCCCCAACUUUUCAGAGCGAGUCUUUUGCAUCCUGUUUCAGUCCACAUUUUCAGAAAGCAUUUGCUCAAUUCGGCGCAAACUGGAGCUGCUACAGAAGUUGUGUGAGACAUUAAAACAUGGCUCAGGGGUUAUGCAGGUUUUGGGUUUGGUUCUUGCCUUUGGCAACUACAUGAAUGGUGGAAAUAAUACUCGGGGACAGGCAGACGGUUUUGGAUUAGAUAUUCUCCCGAAGCUGAAAGAUGUUAAAAGCAGUGACAAUAGCAGAAGCCUGUUGUCAUAUAUCGUGUCAUAUUAUCUUCGCAAUUUUGAUGAGGACGCUGGGAAAGAACAAUGUGUGUUUCCACUGCCUGAACCCCAGGACCUCUUUCAGGCCUCGCAGAUGAAGUUUGAAGAUUUUCAAAAAGACCUCAGAAAACUCAAGAAAGACCUGAGAGCCUGUGAAGUUGAAGCGGGGAAAGUUUACCAAGUGUCCUCAGAAGAGCACAUCCAGCCUUUCAAAGAAAACAUGGAACAAUUUAUUAUUCAAGCUAAAAUUGACCAAGAAGCAGAGGAGAACUCACUGACAGAGACUCAUAAGUGCUUUUUGGAGACUACAGCCUAUUUCUUCAUGAGACCAAAAAUUGGAGAGAAGGAAGUAUCCCCAAAUGUUUUCUUCGGUAUCUGGCAUGAAUUCAGCUCUGACUUUAAAGACUUUUGGAAGAAAGAGAACAAACUUAUUCUACAAGAAAGAGUAAAAGAAGCUGAAGAGGUGUGUAGACAGAAGAAGGGAAAGUCACUCUAUAAAAUAAAACCAAGACAUGACUCUGGAAUUAAAGCAAAAAUAAGCAUGAAAACCUGA